AUGGCGGACGUUUGGAUCUCUCGCAAGAAAUGGACGUGCAAGUACUGCGAUGUCACGAUCAACGACGACCUCGCCUCGAGGCGGCACCACGAGUCGGGCUUGAGACACAAGCAGAACAAGGAGAAGACACUUCAAGAUCUCUACCGCAAAGGCGAGCAGGAACGCAAGGUUGCCGAACAGACAAGAAAAGAGAUGGAGCGAAUUGAAGCGCUAGCGGCAGCGAGCUAUGCUAAGGAUCAAGCUGGAGACGGUUUGACAGCCCGGAUCUCGACCACGAAACCGACAACGACUGCCGCUUCAUCAUCGACGUCGACAGCGCCCGCUCGCUCGAAGCCUCCGCAGGCACAGAAUCGUCAUAGCGCAAAGUCGGCGGGGGAGCCGAAAGAGGAAGCGCUACAGCCGGUCGCUCAGGCGGGAGAGUGGGAGCAAGUGGAGCCAGCGCAAGCAUAUCAGCACCAGCUCACUGCAUCAACGUCGUUUGGGACAGAGACUUCGGACCGUGAAAGGGCAAGGUCGUUCCGUGUCAAAGAGAAAGUCGCUCGAAUCGACGACAGCGACGAUGAGAAUGAUCCGGCGCGCAGUGUCAUUCGAACCAAGAAGAAGCCACGCACAGGCACUACUUCGGUGAAAGCAGCGUCAGGGUUACUUUCAAGUGCCUCAAAUGUCAAGAAAGAAGAAGAAGUUGGUGACUCUGGUACGGUCAAGACUGAGCCGGAUGCUUCAACAGCCCCAUCAUCGAGCACGGAGCCGGAUUCUGCUGUAACAGCUCCAGGCCGAGUCAGUGCAGCGGUCAAAGAGGAGGAACGACAGGACGAUGCGAAAGUGUCAGAAUCUGUCAAGGAAGAAAGAGAUACCAGCAGCGGAGCAGGCGGAGGUCUCUUCAAGAAGCGAAGGGCCGGUGCAGGCGCCGGUGCCAAACGGGUGCGAGCCGUCAUAUGA